AUGCCAGGUUUCCGUGGGAAGGAAGCUAAGGUCGCUCUCCGCACCGAGUUUCUGGCUCGUCUGGCAAAGAUUUCCGACUCUCUUGGUUCCCUCGAGUGUGUUCGCAACAGGGACUUGGACUUGACGACCAUGGAUGGUGGGAUGGCCGUGAUCCAGGUACUUCAGGGAGACAGUCCCUCGUCCUUACAGGCUGAGAAGGACAGGUUGUCCACCCGUAGAGCAGAUCUGGUGGUUACGGGCGGGAGUUUUGACCUUGUCCUGGCUGAACUGAAGUCCGACACUUCCAAGGUGUUCAGAAGACCUAGAGGGGAAAGAUCAUAUGGUUGGAGAAAUCAGAGAUGGUGCGGAUCCGAGCUUGGAUGA